CUGCAGCAGUGGGCACUGGGCAGCAGCAGUGACUAGACAAGCCCUUUAUCGACACAAGCAGAGCACAGGUGCCGAAAAACCCACCAAAAUGCUCGUUUAAAGAAUCACACGUCUCAUCCCGAAGCCAGAGAUGUGAUGAGGAGUACAAGUACAAUGUUACAUUAGUCUCUGUGUGACAUGCUGGCCUGUCUGCCGGUAUCAGACCCCUCCCUCAAGCUUCUCUCUCACACGCAGAUGAACACUGGACUUCAGAAAUGGGACACUACACAGAGGAUGAGAUCAGCACACUAUCCUACCCCAGCAGAAUUGGAUGCCUAUGCUAAGAAAGUUGCCAAUAAUCCACUGACUAUAAAAAUCUUCCCCAAUAGCGUGAAAGUACCUCAGAGGAAGCAUAUCCGCCGCACCAUGAACGGUCUCGACACCUCCAGCCAGCGCUACAGCCCCUACCCACCUCAGGUCAACUCCAGGACAGGCCUCUUGGCCAUCGUCAAAGUCCCAGUCAAAGGGAUUCUCAAGAACAUCGAGGGCGGCCGGGCCCGAUUUCUCCCCAAGCUCAUCAUGAACCCGCACACUGGGCUUUACACCAACCCCAGCACUUUAAACAUUCCUCACACUGUUCCACACCUUCAAACUCUGUCUCAGUCGCAGCCUCCUUUAGGCCAGAAGAGUCUUGCUCACUCUCAGGCCUUGCAGGCCCACCCUCAAUCACUGCAGCAGCAGAAGGCCAGUUUACAACCACAGCAGAGCCUGGCCCAUCAGGAGGCUAUGCAUCAGAGCCAGGCUCACCGACCGCCAGAACCGCACCACGCCCUAAACCACCAACAGACUCUCAUGCAACAGCAGUUUUCCGGUCCGCAGGGACUCCGACAUCUGCCUGAUAUGGCGCAGACAGUAAACCUGCAGCACUCCCAGGGUUUCCAUCAAUCCCAAUCCAUGCCACAGGCCAGUUGCGCUGGCCCGUCAGGCCCCGGGGUCUUACAGCCACCCCUAGCAGGUUUAAAGAUGCCACGCAAGCUGCCUGAUGCCGACGCCCCUCCCAAUGUGACUAUGUCUACCUCAACCAUCCCGCUGUCUAUGGCUGCCAGCCUGCACCAGAAUCGGCCCAGUGAUUUGAACAGCAUCGUCAAUCAGAUCAACCAGUUCUGCCAGGCACGGGCUGGCAUGGGCUCUACCUCCGUGUGUGAAGGACAAAUCGCCAACCCCAGCCCCAUCAGCCGCAACCAGCUCAUUAGCGCAAGCUCCAGGGUUUGCACCCAUAACACCUUCGUGGGCCCUCCGCCUUCUUGCAUCCUAGGUAACUCAGACAAAGCCUGUCUCAUCCCAGCCCUAACACUGCCCGACAUCACCGCUAUGAAUAGGAUGCCUGUUUACCAUAAUGACAUGAAGCAGCAGCAGUCUCAGCAACAGUUACCACAGCAACAGCGUCAACAGGGCUCUUGGGGUGGCCAGCACCAGCUGGCACACCUUCAUCACCUUCCGGAGGGAGCUCACCAGGGCAAGAACCUGCCCAGAGAAGCCCUGGUAGGGCCUAGUGGGUUCCUCACCAAGGGCAUGAGGUACCAGCAAGAAUUGUGCAUGGGUCAGCCCUUCAACUUGAAGCCCCCUACAGACAAACUGACACCUUCUCCUCCAGUCAAUGGGAUGCCAGGUGGCAUGAGUUACAGCAAUGGCCACUUCAUGCAGCCUCCUUGGAACAGCAUCUUGCCAACACCACAUAGUGAGAGCUCAGGGUCCCAAGACCUGGCAGGGCCGUUCCAUGGUGGCCUCUCAGGGGCCUCCGUAGACUGCACCCCCAGACCACAGUACAAGAAUGUGGUGGCCACCUCCAGCCAGACGAACCUGAUGCAGACCAUGGAGUACAUAGGUAGCGACUUCCAGGCAGCCUGCUUCCGAGCGCAGAAUCCUGGCACAACAGCAAAGAUGCGCAGGGUCGCAGAUUCAGAACUUUUGCUUCAUUUUCAGUUUGGUUUCGAGCAUCCUUGGCUGGGCUUGAGUCUCGGUCUCCAAGCACAAAGUCCAACACUCUAUCAGGUGAGCUACUGCAGAUGUUAAUCACGUUUGAAUAAGUGUGAAAAUGUGGGUGGGUCUGUUAUAAAAGCGUUAAAAUGUAUCGUUUUUCAAAUGAUGCGUUAGAGUAAAAGUGUUUUGCUAUACAGUAAUACCAUUGUAGGGUGUGAAUAAUAGAGCGAACAUUAAGUGUUUAUAUACUCCUAAACAGCCAUAGUACCCAUGAUUUGUGUGAAAGGGAAUUAAAAGCACAGUUGUUUUAGCACCUCAUGUUUGAAUUUCACCAGAAAAUGCAGCAAAACAUAGAAAGCAGCAUGUAAAACUUUGCAAAAAAUGUACUUAUAUUAACGUUCAUUCUGUGAGACUAGGUAGCUUAAUCAACUAAUGCUGCACAAAUGUGAAAACUUUAAAGGAAAAAAAAAAAACUAUUCCAUUUCCACUGGCUUACUUGUUUGGCUUAUA